AUGUUACUGCUCACAAAUAGUCAUUUUGUAAAUUUCGUUGAUUGUUCCCGCGAAUAUUGUGUUUCAUCAAAAAUGAGUGAAUUAGAUCAACUAAGACAAGAAAGUGAACAGCUCAAAAAUAUGAUCAGGGAGGCACGAAAAGCUGCAGCUGAUACUACAUUACUUCAGGCAUCCUCCAACGUGGAACCUGUAGGUAGAAUCCAGUUACGCACUCGCCGUACUUUACGUGGACACUUGGCUAAAAUUUAUGCUAUGCAUUGGAGUACUGAUUCUCGUAAUCUUGUAUCAGCUUCACAAGAUGGCAAACUCAUAGUAUGGGAUGGAUAUACUACUAAUAAGGUUCACGCCAUUCCUCUAAGAAGUAGUUGGGUCAUGACAUGUGCGUAUGCACCUUCCGGUAAUUAUGUUGCAUGCGGUGGUUUGGAUAAUAUUUGUUCUAUUUACAACCUAAAAACACGCGAAGGAAAUGUACGUGUUAGCCGUGAACUACCAGGACAUACGGGAUAUCUGUCUUGUUGUCGUUUUCUCGAUGAUAGUCAGAUUGUGACGAGUUCUGGUGAUGUCACCUGUGGACUGUGGGACAUUGAAACUGGUCAACAAGUCGCUACGUUUACAGGUCAUACAGGUGACGUUAUGAGUCUUAGUGUAGCUCCUGAUCUGCGGACUUUUGUUUCAGGUGCUUGUGAUGCAUCUGCAAAGCUAUGGGAUAUACGUGAUGGUCAAUGCAAACAAACAUUCCCUGGGCAUGAAUCCGAUAUCAAUGCUAUUAUCUUCUUUCCGAGUGGUUUGGCUUUCGCUACUGGUAGUGACGAUGCUACUUGUCGACUGUUUGAUAUUAGGGCUGAUCAAGAAAUUGGAAUGUUUAGUCAUGAUAAUAUUAUUUGUGGAAUAACAAGUGUUGCGUUCAGUAAAAGUGGAAGGCUAUUACUUGGGGGAUAUGAUGACUUUAAUUGUAAUAUAUGGGAUACUCUGAAACAAGAACGCGCUGGUAUAUUGGCUGGCCAUGAUAAUCGUGUCAGUUGUUUGGGUGUGUCUGAAGAUGGCAUGGCAGUGUGCACAGGAUCAUGGGAUAGUUUCUUGCGAAUAUGGAACUGA